AUGCCGAGCUCAUGUAAAGAGAUUCGAGCGGCCCUGGCCCAAUGCCUCCAGGAAUCAGACUGCGUCAUGGUGCACCGGCACACUGCUUCCGAGUGCCUGCGCGAGCCUCUCGUCCAUACUCUCCCCACCAAGUGCCAGCAACUGAAGAAGGGCUACGGCGAGUGCCGGCGCGGCAUGAUCGACAUGCGCAAGCGGUUCCGGGGUAACCAGCCAGCUAACUUCCGGCAUCUGGAGCAGGCCGAGAAGUCGGGCGAAAACUACAUGCUGUACGCGGGCAAGAGCGCUUUCGGCGGGGCCGCGCACGCGACAGAUGGGAAUGAGAAGGCGCCGAAGGACUGGAGGGAGCUGGAGAAUGAGAAGUACCGGUUGUCGCUGAAGAAGGAGGAGAAGGCAUAG